AGGAUAUGUUUUGCAAAGCAAAACGGCGGGAAUUGAAUUCUGUAUUCUACUUUAUUUCGUAAACAUAACCUAUGCUUCGUUUUUAUAACCGCACCCGAACCUAAUUGUCGAAUGGUUAUUUGAACAUCAUGUUAAACUAGUCCAUCAAUGUUGCAAGUAAUAUUUCUUCUUUAUUUUCUUUUCGAAUAAAAUAAUGGCUCUUACGUCUCAAGAUAGUAAUAUUGAUACCGAUUUCUUGUUCGUCGCUCAGUUGGAUUCUGUGAAGAGCGUUCUGAUGUUACUAAAAGCUGUUAAUUUUAAAGAAACGGCCCUGUGCAUAGUGACGGACCGGGGUCUGAGGAUCACCGUGGAGGACGCUCGCAGCGUCCAGGCGAGUGCCUUCGUGCAGUCGGAGAUGUUCCAGGAGUACCUGGUCCAGGACGACCAGGUGAUAUUCAAGAUCCACCUGGGGGUGCUGGUGGAGUGCCUCAGUAUCUUUGGGGGCGCCGCCACCACCGUCAAGAUGCGCUACCAGGGCUACGGCAGCCCCCUCACCUUGCUCCUGGAGGAGGACGGCGUGAUCACGGACUGCAACAUCCGCACUCUGGAGCCGGACAGCCCCCUCGAGUACAGCUUCCAGCCAGACGACGUGGUCAACAAGGUCAUCCUGCACUCCGAGUCCUUCAGGGAGGUGUUCUCCGACCUGGACCCGUCCAGCGACCUCCUGGAGAUGACCCUGACCCCCGACCCUGGCCAGCUGUGCUUCACCACGGACGGGCAGGCAGGCGAGACCCAGAUUAGUAUACCCAAAGACAGUGAGUUGAUUGAAGCAUUUGACUGCUCGGUCAAAACGGUAUCAAGGUAUCAGUUCUCGUACAUAAAGCCGUCGCUGAAAGCUCUGGCGAUAUCUGCCAAAGCUUCUGUCCGCAUCAACGAACAGGGACUGUUGUGUUUCCAGUACAUGGUACCUACCGAGGUGGAGACCUGCUUCAUCGAAUAUUACGUGAGUGUCUGCAUGGUUCACUUUGUACCAUACUAUGUGGCUUCAAUGAGAAAUUAUAAUUUUCUCACAAGGUUUUUAUUCCAAAAUUAGCAACUGAGUGGAAAAUAUAAAUUUUUAAAAUCUCUAAUUUUACAUCAUGAUGAAGGUCAUUAGAGACCAAUAUGUAUGGUUAAGUUCAGGAAUAUUUGGGAAGGAAUCCACCAUUGCCUUUAUUAAGGAAGCAAGCUUUUCCUGGGAUUGAUUUUGAGAAUCCAUGGAAGACUUAAUUAAGGAUGACCAGAUUUGGAAUUGAACCUGAGUCCCUCCAAAUGCAAGUCACCUUGCUUGAUAAUAAGGAAAGAAAACCUUAGAUUCUUACUUGUUGAAUAGAUAUUAAGGAAACCAAGAGGUAGUUAGGAUGAUAAUUAUAUGUCUUUCAUAUUUUUUUAAUUUUAAUAUUUUUAAAAUAUGAUGUGAAUUGUUUGCAAUAUUAUAUGCUUUAUACUUGAACCAUUUUAAUCAAGACUAGAAUGUGUAUAUGGAAAAGCAAAAAAAAAAAAAAA